AUGGCUUCACCACCGCCUGUCGUCGAGAGACACCCAUGUGCUGACAUAAAAAGGCCGGUUUCUGAUCUUGUCGCAACCAAAGAGGUCGCCGAAGCCAUUGGACGCGAUUACCGGACUCUGCCUUCGUUUGAGAAGGGCCUUUUUGAGUACAAGGGGAGGAAGUUGUAUUCCUUGGAGACCAAUGAGUUUCUGAAGUGCCACUGGAAUGAUUACGUGAAGAAUUUUGAAAACCGUGUGUUCGCGCCUUUCCAAUUCCUGGAUAUAAGAGAUUAUCAUUUCGUCAACUGCCGCAAUCAGUUGAGGCCGUCAGAAUCCAUACACACGAAAACUGACUUCAGAUUCAAGUUAAAGCCUGGUCCAGGGGUAGAUGUGGUGCAUGGGACCCAGCUCCCGAUACCGCAGGAGCUGCUCAUGACCAGGGGUGAAGUAAAGCGGCAGAAGACAGGAAAGAAAAGAAAAGAGUCCAUAGAAAAGAAAUAA